AUGGCGGCCCGGUCGCCCGCGUCGUCCCUACGGGCGGGCGACCCUCGGGCGCGGCCACCUCCGGGCUCCUCGCCACCGCCGCCGCCGCGAUCGCGCUCGGGCUCCGAGUCCGAGGACGCCGAGCUGUCGCUGAGCCUGGCCCGCACCAAGACCCGCUCGUACGGCAGCACCGCCAGCGUGCGGGCCCCGCUGGGCGCCGGCGCCCUGGGCCCGCGCCUGGAGCACCGCGUCCGCGCCGGGGACACGCUGCCGGGCCUCGCGCUCAAGUACGGGGUCACGAUGGAGCAGAUUAAAAGGGCCAAUAAACUGUUCACCAAUGAUUGUAUAUUUCUGAAGAAGACUUUGAACAUCCCGGUUGUAGCUGAGAAGCCUUUGUUGUUUAAUGGACUGAACUCCAUUGAUUCUCCAGAAAAUGAAACUGUAGACAAUCCUGAAGAGACACCUGAGGGGGUUGGGAUCCAGCUCCCUCCUCCCAGUCCUGACCUUCUCCCCGUGCAGCCCCAGGAAGUGUCAGCCAGAGAUUUCCUGCAGAGACUUGAUUUGCAGAUUAAGAUUUCAACCCAGGCAGCCAAGAAACUAAAAGAAGAAAGCAGAGACGAAGAGAGUCCCUAUGCGGCCUCACUCUACCAUAGUUAGGUGAUUAGCGGGCAUAACUCACCUGAGAGGUUUGGAGUGUAAAAACUGGCAAGUGAAGAUUCCGGAUUCUCAUAGCAUCUUUGUAAAACUGUAAUUCAGUAGACCUGUAAUUUUAAGUCUUUAGUAUGGCCUGACAGCAAAACGUAUUCUGAAGUGCUCACUUUUUUUUUUUUUUUUGCUCAUCUUGGGUCUUAAAUUCAG